AUGUCACUUGUAGCGGGGCCCGGCGUAGGUGGCACGUUGGCUUUAGCUGGCAACUUGCCCACUGAGCUUGCCCUCGUGGUUGACCGCCAUGUCAAGUACAUUCAAAGCUUGGAUACCAGAAAGGACGAACUGGACUAUUGGUUGACUGAGCACUUGAGGCUUACUGGUUUGUACUGGGGCCUAACAGCACUCCAUCUUCUUGGCCAUCCAGAUGCUCUUCCCAGGGACAAAACUCUAGAAUUUGUCUUUGCAUGCCAGAAUAAUGAUGGUGGGUUUGGGGCUGCUCCUGGGCAUGACUCUCAUAUGUUAUAUACGGUAAGCGCCGUUCAGAUUCUGGCAACUCUCAACGCUUUACCAGAACUAGAGCAGGGUGAGAGGGGUGGGAAGGAGGGAGUUGCGAAGUUCAUUGCCAAAUGCCAACAACCUGAUAGCGGUGCAUUUUCAGGUGAUGAGUGGGGUGAGAUGGACACUCGGUUUCUCUAUGGGGCACUAAACGCCUUAUCUAUUCUUGACUUGAUGCAUCUUGUUGAUGUUGAAAAGGCUGUAUCACAUGUACAAGCUUGUGGUAAUUUCGAUGGUGCAUUUGGGUUCACUCCUGGCGCAGAGUCUCAUGCUGGCGGUACGUUUACGGCAGUUGGGGCAUUAACCAUCGCACGUCGACUCGAUCUUGUGGACUCGGAGCGACUAGGGGCGUGGUUGAGUGAAAGACAACUUCCAAAUGGUGGUCUCAACGGUCGGCCGGAAAAACUCGAAGAUGUGUGCUACAGUUGGUGGGUGAUCAGUAGCAUAGCCAUGCUGGGUAAGGUGCACUGGAUUGACGGCAUGGCACUCACCAAGUUCAUUCUACGAUGCCAAGAUGCCGAACACGGAGGAAUUGCAGACAGACCUGGCGACAUGGUCGAUGUGAUGCACACUGUGUUUGGUAUUGCUGGUUUGAGCAUGCUGGGUCAUCCAGGCUUGGUGGAAGUGGAUCCAGUGUAG